AUGUUUGGGACCCCCAGAGUUGUUGUCCACAAAAGGAGAGCCAAUAUCACAGCUCUGCCACUCUACUACUAUGGAACCCUGCUGAAAAAACAAAGCAAAGAGAGGGAUUUCAGGAGGUACUAUGCAGAGCUCCGUGGAGCCACGUUGUUUCUGUACACAGAUGACACACAUGAGACCUACAUAGAGAAGAUGGAGCUGGAGCAGAUGAAGUCCAUGACGUUAGAUUCUCCAUAUCAGAAAACGAUGCCGACCACCUUCACCCUCUCGUUGCAGAAAGGAGAGGAGGUGCAGCUGAAGAUGGAAAACCCUGACAAAGGAGAGGAGUGGAGAUGUUACAUCCUGACCGUUGUCAGAAAAGAGAUUCCUUGUCAACUACAGCUACUGCCUGGCCAGGUGUCGCAGCUACAGGAUGUUCUAUCUGAGGAGAGGUACAGAAAUUCCCACGUCUCAGGACGUCCAGCCCUCCCACCCCGUCCACCCUUCCUUAACCAACCAGACCAGAGCAACCCUGAGAUGCCUUCGUGUUUCUAUAACGUGAGUCGGAAGGAGGCAGAGAAGAUGUUGGAGGAUAACCCGCAGCAUGGGGGCUUGAUCCUCCGCCCAUCCGCCCUGACCAACAACUACGCCCUGACCCUCAGACAACUCAAAAAAAGUGGGCCUGUCGUGAGGAACUACAGGGUGACCUCCACAAACUCAGGCUUUGUCAUUGAAGUGGAGACACCAGUGACUGUCUCCUCCUUGAAUGAUGUGGUUAAAUAUUUCCUUGACAAGACAGAAUACCGUGUCCAACCUUACACGCAGUCUCAUUUCUACGACCUCCGCAUUGAGCCGUCACCUGCUCCAGCGUGUGUCAACAUCGACUCAGGACCCAAACCUUUACCUAGGGCACAAGUGGUGCCCAUGAAGCGUUCACAGACCCAUGAGGAGCCUCUGUCCCCAACCAAGGAUGGUGACUAUGUGGUCCCUGAUAUGCAGACCCUAAAGAUAGCGCAGCUGAACAGUGAGCUUCACACAGUUACAACACUACGAAGGGAAAACACAUAUGUGAGCCACGAGGACAAUGGCACCGCGAAGGGGCAAAAAACCACUGGACAAGCCGCCUCUGUGGGGUGGUCCCAUUAA